GUUCCGGUAGAGGACCUGAAAAACACAAUGAUUGGGGACGUUAUAGCCGCCAUCGACCUUGGCACCAGCCGUUCUGCGUAUGCCUACACCGUCGUUGGGCGCGAUGAGAUCAUUCUAGGUGUGCCAGGCCGACUUAACGAAUCAAAGGUCGCCGUCGAAAGGAAAACCGCGACGGCGGUUCUACUCAGGCGCUCGUCCGAGAAUAGGGGGGGCUGGUGCAUGGUCACCUUUGGAGACGGCGCCGAGCAAGAAUACCUGGACGCUAGGAACGGAGAUGGCGAGGCCGCGGGAAAUUUGGCGCUCUUCAAGUACUUCAAGAUGGAGCUUUUCAAGGGUGGACGGAACGGUACCAAGCGUUCCAGCAUUGACGACGCUGAGGGCAUCUCCGAGGACGAGAAGACCCGACUUCCUCUGGUUUACGUUGUGUCGCUGGCCCUCGAGUAUAUCAAGGACGUGAUCAUCAACCGGCUCAACAAUGCUGACAGCCACACUCUAAGGGCUUCUGACAUCCGGUGGGUGCUAACCGUACCCGCCAUUUGGAGCUCCUUCGGAAAGGCGUUCAUGCGCUCGGCAGCAUUGAGGGCUGGCCUCAUACAAGACGAGAACGACAUGGAGCAUCUACGCCUUUGCCUGGAGCCGGAGGCCGCGUGCCUUACGGUCGAGCACCACCACCACAAUAUCCGCAAGUGGGAAACCGGGAUGAAGGUGAUGGUGCUCGACUGCGGGGGUGGCACCGUCGACAUAACUACCCACCACGUGGUCCGCAUGGACCCCUUAGGUCUCGAAGAGCUCGAAGAACCCACGGGCGGCCCAUGGGGAUCAACGACGGCCGAUACCAAGUUCAAGCUGUUCAUUAAGUGAAAUGUAUCCUGCCUGCCUGCUAUUUGCAAGAACCAUGCCACGUGAGUCUACUUGCCAUCACGUGUACGACGGUUCGAGCGGUCAAGGCCGUGGAUCUGUGUCACAUAAAGCUGGGCCGAAGAAAAAAAAAAGACGCAAUGAAGGUCUCCCAGAUGAUGCCGUAACGAGUACUGACGUGGGAAUGGAUGU